AAUGUAUAUUAUCAAUUUUGGUGUAAUCUUAGAUUUUGUUUAGCUGAUUGUUCUAUGAUGAUAGUUAAAAAGUUUUAAAUUUUAUUUUUGUUGUACCAUACAUGACAAAAUAGAUCUAUUUUGUCAUGGUACCAUAAUAAGACGGUACUCGGUAUAGUAGGUACCAUGUAUUGUACUAAAAAUUCUUUUGCAUAUAGGUAAUGAGAUUUAGUUCAAUUGUAAAUCUAAUAAAUUUGACAUUUGAUUAUGUCUUAGGUUAUUUUUUGUAGUAUUGAUAUACAAUCUGUGGUAAGUGUAAGCAUUGGAUAUUGUAAGGUAUGUCAAAUAGUAUAGUUAUGGUGUUGUCGGAGAGCGGUCUAAAAAGAAACAAUGGUCGAAUUGUUAACGAUACAUUCUACUGCCCAAUCUUGGGUUGUAAGUACAACUUACAUUUUGGUCAAUCUAUGAAAUCUUUUAAAACUCAAAAACUUCUCAAACAACACUGUAUCAAAGUGCAUUCCGACAAAAAAUACAAAUGUGAUAAUUGUGAAAAAGGGUUUCCUUUAGAAUCAACAUUAAAGUCACAUCGUAUAAAAUGCGGAGUAAUAUAUUCUUGUUAUUGUGGCAUUCAAUACAAAUCUCCAGAAGCGUUCCUCACUCAUACAAAACGAAAACAGCAUAACAUUGGAUUAGGAUACUCAACUAUUAUGAAAUUUUUGAAGACAAGAAAAUUGUUACCAAACACAGAAGACUUACAAGAAUUAGAAUCUAGCAAAAGAUCUACCCAGACACAAACUGUUGCUGAUGUACAAACCUUAUCAGAUUCAUCAACUCAGACUACAUUUGAAAAUAAGGAUUGCAUGUUAAGAUACAAUGAUCCAAAACUCUCUUCUGCUACUUCUAGUCCUAUAAGACGGUUAUGUGCACAGACCCAAACCGAUCCUAUGGGUGACUUUAUUAAAAUUGAAUCAGAUCCAAUGUUUUUAGAUUCAGAAACACAAACCAAUUUUGACUUUUUAGACAUCUAUACUCAAACUGCCGAGUCUGAAUGUCUAUUUGGUGAUUUAGAAUUUACCAAUAUUCAAACACAGACUUAUUGUAGCUCUUUAUUUAAUGAUGAUUCCGUUGACAUGAAAAAUGAAAUUUCUUUAAACACAAAUAUGAUAUAAUUUAAUCAAAAUCAAAAAAUCCAAAUGGUAUUUAAAUUUAAACUAGUAAUAAUAUGUAAUGUCCAAUUUCUCCUAUGGCAGUAUCACAAAUUAUUGCUUAAUAUUAAUGCAAUGAUUAGUUAUUUUAAUUUUAAUAAUAUUCAAAUGGGUUUUUAAAUACUUUUAAUUUCUAGCACCACCAAUCGCCAUGUUAAUCGUUUGCUGUAUAAAUAAGUGCAUAAGUAUGUGCAGACAUUGUUCAUAAGUUGCUAGUAUAGCUCAUUUUUAUACCUACCUUCCUACCCUGUAAAUUACUCAUAUGUUAUAUUAGAUGUAUUAUUUUUUUAAUUAUUAUUUUAAAUUUUUGAGGCUUUAGUAGUGCAAGUAAACACUGUCACCAACUAUAUUGCCACAUGAAAUAUCAUUAUUAAGCUACUUUUAUAAAUGUGAAUAACUAUUAAUAAUCCUUUAUUGACAUAUUGAAUAUCAUUUUGUAUAAAAUUGUUUUUUUUUUAUAUUUUUUAAAAUGG